AUGGCCGACAGCUCGGUCCACUCUCGCCCCAUGGCAGCCCAGGGCGCAGAGGAUGGAGAAAUAGACCUAGAGGACGUUGAAAAUAUUGACCCAGACUACGCACAGGAUCGCGAGAACGAUAGCGAGUUUGAGGCGACCGAGGAGGAUUUGUUUCAGGGUGGUAUCUACGAACCAUCCGUCCGGAUUCAAGUCCAGGGGAGUGAAGAAGAGAGUGAAGGGCCGGGAGGCGAUGGAGUGCGCCCACGACCCGGUGCACCCGAAGAACGAGGGUGCAGCAUUCGAAAGAUUCGACUUGGGAACCUCUUUUUCCGCAUGACGCGGAGCACAUCACACCUCGACGACUAUCUGGACGUUUUCGUACUCGUCGUUGUUUCCAGGAAGUCGAAGACCAACCCCAACAACAAGCUGAAUCAUCAGUUUCUUGCAAGGCAUAGGGACUGGCGGCUCUGCGGAAUGGGCCAUGUGUUCCUGUGGCUUUAUUUCAUCUACGACCUCGUUCCUCUGCGCUACGGCCCCGGUAUCGUCGAGCCUCUCGACUUUUCUGAACCGAUCUUGUGGACGAAAGCGCACCUCUUCUUUUCUUUGAAGAAGGGCGACCAGGGAGAGCAGAAGCAAGACGAGAUGCACUACAAAACGCAUAACACCUGGAUUAAGUGGGCCAUGACGAAGGCGAGAUGGAUUCUGAGCAAGGUAACACAUGCAUUCCGCAGAUCCGGAGCGCAACAACUCCAUGACGACGGUUGCUCCGACAACGAUAUCGGCACUCUGGGCGGAUGGGCGCAGGGGGAGUUGCGGAGGUGUUAUGUGUUCGGCAUACCGUUCAAGCCGGUUUGGCUGCUGGCAGGAUUCAGCGGGGAUCGUGGAGACUACUACAUCGGCAGAGCCCGCGCCAAGCUUCCGCGGCAUAAGGUUAAGGAGAAGGAUGAGUGGUUGCAGCUCUUGGAUCUCUUGAGGCUUCACAUUUUCCCCUGGGUCGAAGAGGGUUGGAAGAAGGUCGAAGAAUGGAACGCUGCGCAGACCGAUCCGCUGAAGAGGCACUAUGCGGGGGCGAGGUUCCUAGACACCCUCGCCAGCAUCGGACGCCUCGUUGUUGCACAGGAUCUGGCUAUGAUGUGGGCGUUCUGCCAUCAGCACGGCGUGAGAAACCCACGGUGCAAUUGCGAGAGGCAUCCAUAUGUGCAGAUGAGCCCCUUGUGCAACCACCCGCUGUUCCAAAAGUGGGCGUACCUGGUCGCUAUCUCUCACUUCCAGGGAGAGAAGCUUCGGGCAACCGGCCAAACCACCGCCAAAGCAGACGCUAUCUUUCGCACGACCGCAGAAGAGAAGCUGCAUAAGAUGCACCUCACCGCCAAUAUGCUCAGGGAGGAGCUUGGGAUUUUGAGAGGACGUGAAAUGCAGUUGGCGAUGGAGAACGCUGAACUGAGGGAGAAACUCGCCGCUGAGCGAGAGGACAAGGCUCGGGUCAUUGCAGAGUUCGAAGCAUACAAGAGGUUUGUUGCGGCCAAGGAUGACGCGGCAAACACCUCUGCAGAGAUCGACGGAUCGUCGAAGAGCGCGGGAACAGGAGGAAACCAGGCAACGGACGCAUCCAAAGCACCAGUUGCCGUCCAAGAAUUCUUCGUCGUGGUCGUUGUGUCUUGGCGCGAAGCCACCACUGUUGCUGCUGCCUGGAAAGUGUGGGUGCAGCCAAGCCUCAUCAUGGGCGGCCGGUCACUGCGCGAAGUCUUUGCAGAGUUCGACCGGUAUAAGAAGAAGGACAAGAAUUCCAGCUUCAUCACCGCAUAUUCCCGGUUCGCUGUCAAAGCAACCGAGGCUGCAAGCGUCGCAAGGGCAUUGUGGACGGCAGAGGGCACAUCGGCCGCAGAAGAUGACGAGGCAUCCGACGAGGCGGUGGCAGCAGUGGACGAUCUGGCAGCAGAAGAUGCUAUGGCCGUAGAAGUUCCACGUGCAGCUGUUGUUGCGCCCGUCUCCCACUGGGUCUGGUCCACAUUCGUGGAUGCGGCCCACAUUACAGACAACGUGGCGGCAAGUCCGAUUGCGUGUUCUUUCGUCGAAUAG